UAAAUUGUAUAGUUAAUACAGUUAGCAUCCAAGCUAACAACUGUUGGCGUCUGGGACUUUUUGUUUAACCAAGCAUUCAUUUUCUCGCCUCCAACGUCAACGGUCUGUUGAGAAUUCCGUAAAGAACCAUGAAGCUCUACAGUUUGAGUGUUUUGUACAAAGUGUCAAGCAAAGCGAAUCUACUAAAAGCAGCAUAUGACUUGUCUUCAUUUAGUUUUUUUCAACGGUCCAGUGUACAGGAAUUUAUGACCUUCACCAGCGCCCUAAUAGUUGAACGCUCAGCAAUAGGAAGUCGUGCUUCAGUUAAAGAACAAGAAUACUUGUGUCACGUAUAUGUCCGGAAUGAUUGUCUCAGUGCAGUGGUGAUUGCAGACAAUGAAUACCCAUCCAGAGUGUGCUUCACUUUACUCGAUAAGGUGUUGGAUGAAUUCUCCAGGCAGGUGAACAGCAUAGACUGGCCUUCUGGUUCACCUGCGACAGUACAGUACACAGGGCUGGAUGGCUAUCUGGCUAAAUAUCAGAAUCCUCGUGAAGCAGAUGCCAUGACCAAAGUGCAAGCUGAACUGGAUGAAACUAAAAUCAUUCUGCAUAACACCAUGGAGUCUCUUUUGGAAAGAGGGGAAAAGCUGGAUGAUUUGGUACAGAAGUCGGAGCAUCUGGGAAACCAAUCAAAAGCUUUUUACAAAACAGCGCGGAAGCAAAACUCAUGCUGUGAGGUGAUGUGAUGACGACAUUGUUGGAAUCUCCUGGCCAAUCGUUUCUUUUUCUCUAUUUUUCUCUCUCUCUCUUCUCUUUUAUUUAACACUCUCCAUCCUCUCUUGGCUCAGACACACAGGACAGUUCCAGAUAGCACUAGGGCUGUAGUGAGUGUUGAGAAUAGAGAGAAUUCUGUGUUUUCGUUGUUCUAGAAGGGUUAGAGGGACUGAUUUCCCAGCCUGCACCACACUUUACUCAGCUGUUUUAGGGUUUGCGUUUUUAGUGUUUCUGUUAAGGGUUUGGGUUAAACCCUAGACUGUCUCCUCAGGGGCGUUAUAGAAAAUGCACAGCGCAAAAAGGAGGUCAAGACACAUCUUAUGUCCCCACCGUGCCUUACUUCAGGUGGCUGUCGCAAUAUUAGGUACGUCAAGUUAAACUGUUUGCCUUAAUUGUAGACAAUUCAAGCAACACUUUUAAAUCCAUACCUUUUAGAAUUUUUUUUGUAACUGGAAAAACAGCUUAUUUUUAACACACUAAUUCUAAACCAUCAGUUUAAAAAUGGGGAU